GUUUUUAUUAAUAAUGAAGACGUAUAAAUUCAUACUCCUACUGACCUUAAUUCUAAGCGUCCAAGCACAAAGAGCAACGGAAUCACUGUGGGAUAUACAACAAAGAUGUGAACAAUACGGAUAUCCGUAUGAAGAGCAUCAAGUCACUACCGAAGAUGGAUACAUUUUGACACUAAUGAGAAUUCCUCAUGGCCGAGAGGAUGAUAAUAUGGAAAACAGAGAGCCUGUUUAUAUGACCCACCCCAUUUCAUCCUCUGCAGAAUCAUUCACUUACUUGGGUCCUGAGAACUCUCCUGUCUUUUACAUCGUCAAUAAUGGAUAUGACGUAUGGCUUAAUAAUUUCAGAGGAAAUAUUUAUAGUAGAAAUCACGAGGAACUAGAUUUUGAUACUGAAAGAAAAGAGUUUUACGAUCUUGACCUUAUCGAUUUAUCUCAAGAUCAUCCAGCAAAUAUACAAUAUAUAAUCGAUACGACUGGAUAUCCACAAAUCCAUACUUUUUGCUUUUCUCUAUCAGGUGUUGCACUUGCUAUCAACAUGGCUAUCCGUCCUGAAUUUUAUGAAUCAAGGUUAUCUGAGGCUGUACUGAUUGCUUCUCCUAUUAAUAUGGCCAACACGAAUUCUCCAACGUACGCUAUUUUGGGAAAUAAUCCUUGGAUUUUCGCAAUACUUAGAAAUUUAGGAAUUUAUGAAAUUUUUGAUAGAACUCCUUUUCAUAAUUUACUCAUGAGUAUUUUCUGAGCUCCAUUCGCAUUUUUCUGCAUUACUAGCAACGAAUUCACCGAAGGAAACUCUAUCUAUGAAGUUGAUAAUCCUCGUGCUUAUGCCUUAUUCAUGGCCAGAGGAGGAAUGGGGAUGCCGAGACGUGCCCUUGAACAUCUUGUUCAAAGUGUUAGAACGCAACAAGUUACAUACUUUGACUUCGGAGUUCAAGAAAAUAUGGAACGUUAUGGUACAGAAUUACCUCCAAGAAUCCCAUUUGAAAACACCAGAUGCCCAAUUGCGAUGUUAUAUGGAGAAAGAGACUUAGUGGGAGAUCUUGUGGAUGCUCAUUGGUAUGCUGAUCAAAUUGAAGAGAAUAUAAUUUUCUUCGAUACUUAUCCCUAUGCUCACUAUUCUUUCCUCCUUGCACGAGACCCGUCAGUUUACCUUGAUGAUAUCUUGGACAUCUAUGGUAAUCGUCCGAUUAGCAAAAGUGAGGAAUCAGGUUAA